AUGAAAGUUUUUCCUAUGCUCAUCAAGGAACAGACCUUCAGUUUGUCUGAAUUGGUUACUGCGGUCGAGCUUCUGCAUGAUCAGCUUACCCUCAAGGCGGCCCACAGUCAGGCUGAUCCUGAGGCUGACCUGCCUGAACAGGCUCAGAUUCAGCAUGGAGGUGUGUCUCAAGGAGACAAGGUGCAGAGUGCCUGGACCUCUGUGAGCAGUUUAAGCUCCUUGAACACCACCAUUGAUGUUGGACCAGCUGGUGACACUGCUGCCAACACUGUGGUACCUAACGCGACUCCAGGCACUGUGACUCCAGGCACUGCGACUCCAGCCAUUGCCACUACAACGGCUCAUGGAAGCACUUCAGCUUCUGCCCGCUGGUACGUUAUUACCGUCAGGCGGGAGACUGGUGUUUUUCAAGGAUGGCAUAACGUGCAUUCCCAUGUCAUUGGUGUGCCUGGUGCUUGCUUUGGAUGGUACUCCUCUCAUGCGAGUGCUGAUGAGGCAUAUGCACAGGCUCUUCAAGAUGGUACCGUGCAGGAGUUGCCAGUCUAA